AUGACAUUCCCACAGCCUGAUUCGGCGGAGAAGACUGUUCGGAAGGUUGACAUUGCUCAGGUCUCCCUGAAGUUGCUCCUGCAACUGGGCUUAGCCAAACUUAAGUACCAACAUGACCAGUUCCAUGGGCCGAGUUCAGACCUAAAGGAUGCCAAACAGAGUACUCCUGACAAUGAAAAGCCAUUCGAUUACUCCUCCGAAUUUCCAUUUAGCCGCUGCGGGCCACCCUUUACGUCGCCUACCAUGCAGGCUGCGACCUACUCCAAAAAGCUUCCACGAUCGGCCCGGAACAAACGUGCAGUCAAAUUUGAUUCCAAUGCGCUGCACUCCAUGUUGACAGCAAGCCGAAAGCUGGCUCGCUCAUACGACGAUUCAGGAUGCCUUGCAACGCCUCCUCGGGUCUCAUGGAGGAGCUCCCAUCAAUUGCCCGAAUCCUCGCCGGGUCUAAAUUGUCACAAGACACUUCAAAGACACCAGGCCCCUUUUAUGUCCGAUGCCUCAAUCCCGGGGAUGCCCUCUCCGGUGUAUCAAAACCCGUACGAUGAAAAGAAUUACCUCUUCCCGUCCUUGCAUAGCUUUCAGGUUGUUGGCUCCGUAGCGGGCUCGUCGCCCCCUCGGACUCCCCCUCCGAAGCACACAUGCCUCCCACCCCCAACCCCACCAAGUCAGCACGCUGCUAAAGCUACCUUGGGGACCCCGGGGGCAACAGUUCAAUUUUGCGGAUUUCGUGAAUGUGACACCCAGUCCUGCCCAGUCGGCCUGGGGAAGUUGAACUCCGGAAUAUUCCUCUCGCACUCCUCUGGCUACCGAGGAUGCUUGGGAACGCUUGAACUUUGA